GGCAUUUAAGAUGCUGAGAAGCGGGAUCUCUACAGGAGCGUCAUGGUUCGUGGCUUUUCUGGCUGUUUCAAGCAUUUGCAAUGGAGCGUUUUCCAAAGAGGAUAUCAGGAAAUCAUGCCACGACCGAGAAGUUCUUUCCAGGAACAUUGCGGAUGAGGUUCGAGGAUAUGCCCCGGUCAUUAAUUCCAUCAUCAAUGAGGUUGUUCACGGUUCUGAGCGGAACAAGACCUACGAAGAGCUGGCGUUCUUCGUCGACACCUUUGGUACAAGAUUCACUGGUACACGUGCAUUAGAGAGAAGCAUAAACUACAUGGUGAAGUUGCUGAAGCGUCGUCGCCUUGAUAAUGUGCACACGGAGCCAGUGAAAGUGCCGCGUUGGGUUCGAGGAACUGAAGAGGCUUGGAUGAUGACACCGCGACUGAAGAAGCUGCCCAUUUUAGGACUCGGAUACAGCUCGGCCACGCCUCGUCGCGGUAUUACUGCACCAAUCUUAGUCGUCGACUCGUUCGAAGAACUACGGAAAAAUCGCCAAAAGGCAGUUGGCAAGAUUGUUGUCUUCAACCAGAAGUUCGUUUCCUACAGUGCGUCGGUGAAGUACAGAAAGCAAGGUCCAGCCGAGGCAGCGAACGCUGGUGCAGUCGCCGUCCUUGUACGCUCGGUGACGCCAUUUUCUAUAGCGUCUCCGCACACCGGGACCACGUUGUUCACCAAGAAAGGAAAUCGCGUACCAGCGGCAUGCAUUACUGUGGAAGACGCCGAGAUGUUGAAGCGGCUGCAGAACCGAGGAGUAACCGCCGUCGUCAAGCUCAUCAUGCGCAACAAGGAUCUACCUGCAGUUACUUCCAGAAAUACAGUAGCCGAAAUAAAAGGCAGAGAAAAACCUCGUGAGGUCGUCAUCGUCGGUGGCCACAUCGACUCCUGGGACGUUGGUCAAGGCGCCAUGGAUGACGGCGGAGGUGCGUUCAUAUCUUGGCGGGCGCUGGACGUGCUCCGUCAGCUUGGGUUGCGACCACGUCGCACUGUCCGCUCUGUCUUAUGGACAGCGGAAGAGAUGGAGUUAAUAGGUGCUGCGCAGUACUUCAAGGAUCAUGGGGACGAAAGGAAGGAGCGCGUAAACAUCGCCAUGGAGUCCGAUAUGGGCACGUUCAAGCCGAUGGGGCUCGCAUUUAGCGGACACAGUGAACAGGCAAAAUGUGUGAUUGCGGAAGUGCUCAGCCUUUUCAGCGACAUAAACGCUACCGAACUCAGGAUUGGGGCAGAUGCACCAGAUCUCGAGCAGUGGAUCUCGGCAGGUUUUCCGGUCGCGUCACUUACGACGGACAAUAGGAAAUACUUCUAUUUCCACCACACGGAUGGGGACACCAUGACUGUUCAAGACCCGAUUAUUCUAGACCUCUGCACCGCUCUGUGGGCCGGCGUUGCAUACGUUCUUGCAGAUCUGCAAGACAGUCUGCCUCGGAGAUAAAUAAAGACACGCAGGACUUCUAUUGCUUUGUGUCGUA